AUGGAGGGGCCCUCUAUCAACUGGUCUCUGAAACAAUCUCUAUGGUUUUGUGACUGUGAUGGUUGCAAACAACCAGCUGUUCAAAGAGCUGGAAAUUGUCCCCUCUGCAAUAAACAUCUAUGUCAGACUCAUGCACAGGAUGAAUGGCACAAAUGUCCCAAGCCGGAGGAAAAUUGGACCAUGUACGCUUCUCAAUAUGUAGCCGCAGAAACUCGCCAAAUAGAUGAGCUAUGCCGUAGAAUAGAUAGUGCUAAAUUAUGUGCACGCGCAUCGUUGUGUAGAGGAGGAAUUCCUUGCACUGCCAACUUAUCAGCAAAGAACCUGCCAGUUAUGAUGGGUGGUCAAAACUGUCAUGCUGAGAUUACCUUUGACGACAACGUGAAAUGGCUCGCUCGGUUCCGUCUGUCAAAUAUCUCAUCGCCUCCGAUAGAAUGCCGCGAUUACAUCCUUCGAAGCGAGGCAGCCACAAUGGACUUUUUACAGAAGCAUACACGUAUCCCCUCCCCGAAGGUUUUCGAUUGGGCAUGCGAAUCAGACCCAAGCAACCCAUUGGGACGAGUUGGCUAUAUAUUGAUGGAAAAGAUGGAAGGGAAACCCUUGGAUUGGCAAGGGGCAACCCCGCCGCAGAGAGAAAAGGUCAUGCAGCAAUUAGUUGAUAUAUUUCUUGAGAUCGAGAAGCAUCCAUUCGAUAUGAUGGGGUCAAUAGUCACAGCUAAUGACCCAACAAGACACGAGAUACAAGGCAUUGCUCACCACGAAGUGUAUUGUUUAGGAAUUACAGGGCCCCUGGAUCCUUUCCACUCUUCGCUAGAGGGAGCCGGCGCCCUUAUAAAAUUGUACCUUGCUAUGAUAGCGAGCGGCGAGAUCGAGGCUAAUCAUCCGAUAGAUGUUUUCCUCAUGCAUCGCUUUCGUUUAGAUCUUCUAAACGAUAUCGGGGAAGAUGCUCCAUCAGGGGGACCCUUUUUCCUAAAGCACCCCGACGAUAAGGGCGACCACAUCCUUGUAAACGAAGAUUUCGACAUCGUUGGGAUGAUAGACUGGGAGUGGUGCCAGACAUUCUACGAUGGUUCCAACGAGCUUGCUGAGGAAGAGUUGCGACUGGCUAUGAUCUUCCGUGAAAGAGGCCGUGACGAUCUAGCCAAACACAUUGUCGAGGGAAGGAAAGUGCAACGAUUCUUCUUUGCUCUAGGUGCUGGUAGUGGAUCCCAUAAUGAUCGAGCAACAAUGAUCGAUCUUUUCAUGGGCCUUAAACGGGCCUUCGACUCUGGAGAGGAAGAAUCGGAGGAGUGGAGGGCCAAAGCAUUAGUUAGAUGGAAGGACGACGAAUUAUUGCAAGUUUUAUUGCAGAGAUAUACGUGA